AUGGACGCGGUGGUGGCCUGCCUGCGCAGCACCCUCUCGCCUGAUCGUGCGGUGCGUGUCGAUGCAGAGAGGCAGCUGAUGGAGCGUGCGUACCCCCGUCAUGAUGCGGAGGGCACGUUUGGUGUAGAUCUCGCGUGUGUCUUCCAGUCGGACACGAUACCUCUUGCGGAACGACAGGCGGCUGGCAUCGCCUUGCGCAAGUAUAUCCAUGAGCGCUGGUCCAUUUAUUUCGAAUCGUUCUUGCGUCGUGCCAAGGAACAGGGGGAAACGGAGUCGAUGGAAGCACUGCCUGAGCCCACGAAGCACGAGAUUCGCACAGUGCUUCUGGCUGCCUUGCAGGACGCCGAGAGGAAAAUACGACUACUUGCAUCGCAGCUAUUAUCGAUUGUCGGAAGCUGUGACUUUCCUGACCACUUCCCUGAACUCUUCAGUACGCUGCAAGCGUAUCUACAAUCCUAUGGCCAGCGAGAUGCUAUGGCGGAAGCCAAAGUGCAUGGCGCCAUGAAGUUCCUCUCGGACUUUGUCCAGGUGGAACUGGAUGAAAAUCAGCUGCUGAUUGUGGCGCGUGAAUUUAUCCCUUUGCUGCAAGAGCUUCUUAGUAGCUCGUUCGGAGACGUUUCAGCGCAUAUUAAAGCGCGAUGCAUCUUGGUGUUCCGACAAUGCCUUACGUCGCUGUACAUGGCCAAAGACACGUUCACCGACGCAGUCAACGAGGCUGUGAAGCACUACCUGCCCUCCUGGCUGAAUGCGAUGCAGAUCCUGCUUGAUCCUUCGUACUUCGCGAGUGCCUCCUGGGCCGAUUCACUCGCUUGGGAAGAGCUAGGGUUGCGCCGGGAGAUUCUGCGGACCAUCGGCGUAGCAUCGCGCUUCAAAAAAGUGUUUGCUGAAUUUGGGCCUGCCCUGCUUGGACUGUGCUUGGCAAAUCUACAAGCUUUGGCCCCCUUGUUUGUCCAAACCGAGCUCGAGGAGAGCGUCACACCACCUUCGCCAGCCGAAGGGGAUCUAGACGUUGCCGCCACGGUGCCAGCUCUGGCGAUGGCAGCCUUUACGCUCUUGUCAGACACGUUCCACUCCCCGUCCAUGCGGCACCUUCUUGUCGAUGGCGGCGUAGGCGGCGAGGGCCAGCCUACCGAAGCCUUCCGUGAAUUGUUGCGUCUCAUGCGGACGUAUGCGCAAGUGACGCAAGACGAUGAGGCGACGUGGGCCACGGACAUGGACGCGUUUGUCGCCGAGGACGAUGUGGAAAACAUGGCAGUGACGCUACGCACAACCACGAUGGAUUUGAUGGAUCAGUUGCUUGAUUUGUACCCGCUACCCACGCUGCGUGAACUGCGUGAGCAAGUCGAAGCACUGUCCGUCUCCACGUCCGAGUCCUCAUCGUGGUGGAAGCCCGUGGAAGCGCAGCUGAUGCUGCUUGGGCAGUCGCACGAAGCGGUGGAAGACAUUCUGAUGGAGCAUGGCGGGCCUGACGUGGUCUCGAUGCAGCGUGUGUUUGAGAAGCUCGUGCUGCCGUUCUUGGACCCCACGCCGGCUGUGUUUCUACGUGGCCGGUGCUUUGUGUUUGCAUCGCAAUAUGCCUCCGAGUUGCCUGACGACUUGGCGGCGCGCAUCUUCUCGGCAGCACAGGCUGUCAUGCAAGCGCCCGACUCGGACGAAGUGCCGCUGCAUAUGAAAUUGUCGGCGGUGCGAACCAUCUGCAACUUUGGCCAAAUGCAUUCACAGCUUGUCGAAGGCCAAUCUAGUGCGUUGCUGGCCCAGCUUGCCCCGCUUUUGUCGCAAGCCACAGGCAGUACGUUGAUGCUACUGUUGGAUGCCAUGGAAGCUUGCUUGCCUCGUCGUGGCUCGUCGGACACCUUGCCCACGCUGCGUAUGGUGACAGAGGCGGUGCUCGCAACAUGGUAUGCACACACAGCUGAUCCUCCGGUGGAGUUGUCCGUUGCGUCGCUGCUAGAAGACUUGGUCAAGAGUCCACUGCGUGGCAGUGCCACCCAAACGGUAGCGCUGUGUGUCCCCUUCUUGUGCAUGCGCCUGACGCCGCAGGAAGAGCUCACUGUACCGCCCAGUGCCGCGGCACUUUUGCGCAGCGUGCUGACCAAGGCACCGAUCGAUGCCCUGGCGGAUAUGGUCGCGCCGAUUUUGCAGCAUACGACGACGUACCUGCAGCAUACCGACGACGUCGAGGCUGCGCAGAGUUUGAUUCACUGCUUGACCCUCCUCCUACAAAAGCGGCCAGACGAGGCUCUCGCAUGGCACCGGGACGAUGGCACGCCGUCGUUGCAAGUGAUGCUGCAUAUUAUCGAGCGGCUGCUGACGAUGGACGAAGAUGUAUGUGGCAUGUCGUUCGGCACGCUGCUGGUGACGCUCUUUGUGCAGGCAGGUGCCGGAUUGAGCCCUGUGAUGCCUGCCUUGGUACAGGCUCUCGCGAGGAAGGUGGCCGAGACCUCGUCGUCCACGACGCUGCUGGCGUUGCUGUUCCCUCUGGCCUACCUAUUUGCGGAACAUACAGAGCCUGUCGUGCAUGUUCUGCAUACCAUUCCUCUGUCCACUGAGACGGCUCUUCAGGCCGUGGUACGCCGUUGGCUCGCAGAGAUUGAACAUGUGCACAGCUGGUUUGUGCUUAAUGUGCACAUUGCUGGCCUCUGUCAGCUGCUGGCGCACUGGCCAGCGCCGUUGGAGAGUAUGCAUGUGGAUGGGGACAUCUUGCCCAAGUCGAGCGACGUGAUUAUUACGCGGUCGCGUGCGAAAGCGAUGCAACAAUACCAACAGAUACCUGCGUUUGCCAAAGCUGUGAAGGUGCUCCUGCAAGAAUGGAAGCAAGCACAAGAGAAAGCGGCAGCGGCGGCGUCUGACGCGCCGAAAUGGUCGUCCCUGAUGAUGGACGAUGGCGCCGCCGAGUGGGCAGACGACGAUGAGGAGGAGGAGGAGGCCGCGUUGGAUAUGGCGUAUGGCCGAAGUGGCGGCGGCGUGGACUUGGACUUGUUCCGCGACUUGUACUCUGCAGGCAUUAUGGACGAGGGCGACCUAGACGAGGACAUGGACGAUGCACCGCUGGUGGAUGUGCCAGGCACCAAGGCUUUGGUCGACAUGGAUCGUGUGGCCUAUCUCGCUGAGUUUUUCCAGCAGCAAGUCACGGCGCCUACGGCAUCGAUGCAAGCGGCGGUGCAGUACUUGCAGCCAAAGGAACAAACCAUGUUGGCCAAAGUAGCGUGA